AUGGCAUACCAGGACUCAUACCCUCCGCCGCCGGGUCAUCCCUCUGAUCCUCGCUACCUGAACUCGCAGCCUCAGCAUCUUUCAAAUGUGCCUGAUCUGUCACGAGUACGAUCCCGUGAUUCAGUUGCGCAAGAUGGUUACACAUCCGAUUCAAGCAGAUAUUCACGGGCGACCAAACCCAUAAAUGAAGCUGUGAAUUCUGCCUUCACGAACUCGACCGCGACUGCCAGUGCAAUCGCCCCCGACAUUCUGGCCCAGCUCACGUCACAAAUCACUGCCAAUGUCAUUCAACAGCUGAAGGCCUCCAACAUUUCAGGUCCCGGCGUUUCACCGUCCAUAGCGCCAGACGCCAGAUCAUCUGCUGCAGGAUCUCCACCCCCCGAUCGAGGCAGUGUGUACACACCACCUUCGCCCGGCAAAACGUCAGGUCUGGGAGUCGAUAUGUCUGGUGCCACCGUGCCUCCAACGGUCUCACACGCAUCUCCGCCCCUCAGUCAAGCCAGCAAUGCGGAAGAAGAUCCCACUUCAAGGCCUAGAGGACCUCAACGGAUAUCUACUAGCGGUGACAUGACCGUCGUUGAGAAGAUCUGGGGAACAUUAUUCAACGAACAGGGGGAUCCCACUCCUCGGCUGGGGCAGUUUCUUCGCGGUAUAGCCAUGCACCUUAUAGAGGACUACGAGCCCAAAGGCUCACUGGUUGUCACACCGAGCAAGAUGCAGCGGUACUACGAGGAGACAAAGCUCGACAACGAACUGUUACCGUGGAAGGAUAUCUUUGACGAUCGUACUUCGUCCAUAUCACGAAUGUUGAGAGAACUGGAGAUCUCGCAUCACCUUGUUCAGGCCAAACUUAGUGAUCGUCCCGACGUUCCCGGAUUAACACCGGAAGGCUUCGAAAAGUGGUUUAUCUUUACCAUUCAAGCUCAUCCCGACCAAGAGUUCGAACGACUGGCCAAAACGGCCCUGUCCAUGCCAAUCAAUAAUCCCGACGAUAAGAAAGAACGUUUCCCGAAAGAAUUGUCUCGAAGGCUAUUUCCCGGUCGCAGUGAUGAGGCGAUCGAGGCGACGUUAAUCAAACAUAUGUCAAAGCACUGCAACUUGAACAUCAAAAGUCGCCACAAUAGCACGGUUCAGGACCCCCGACCAGUCGAAGACACUCGCGCUUUCGCAACAAGCGUGCCGACGAAUGGGAUCGCCACCGAAAAUCCAGCCACAGAUCGACCACAGUCGUUCUCCAGCGUUCAUUCGGCCGCUGCGGUCGUGUCAGAUGGAGAAGAUACUCCCACUCCUCAGCCAAUCGAGCGUGAAAGGAAACCAUACGUUGCACUGCCGGGAGGAGGCAAAUCAACAGUCGAGAGCACGAACGACCCCAUGACGCAUAGGGCAUCACUUUCUACGUCUGCCGAAUCUGCUCCGCUACAGAGGUCGCUUUCUAAUCGCGAUGGUCGGCCGUCAAGACUAGAUGACCCGUUACGACCACGGCCACCACCGAUUGCCGUUCAUCAAACACAAGCGACAAGUCAGGCCGCUGGUUCCGCUCCGCUAGAAAUACCGGAAACUCGUCGACAUCGUCAAAGUGCCUACUAUCGCGACAACCCCCCGAACACAGCAGUUCCGCGACGCGCGCGUUCUCCUUCGCGGGGCAACCAUGCCGAUUACCCGCCUGACUACGCUCACUACAGCACCAGUGCAGCCAGUGCGGGCCCUUUUGACGACCGCGACAAGCGGUACCGAGACUGGGAACGGCCUGAGCGGCUGGCCGGUGAUCGAUUCGAUGCCGCGAGAAUGUCAGCAUAUGAUCCCAGAGACCGUGAACGCGAACACGUUGGCGGCGGUGAAACGAGGUCAAGAGGGCAGAGCAUGAGCUAUGCGAAUCCUGAUGAGGAGUACUAUCGAAGUCUUGGGGUGAGGGACGGCGCAGGAGCUGCAUAUCCACCCAGCAGCUAUCGAGACGGCAGGUGA